AUGGCACAACCCGUGCCUCAUCAUGCGACGGACAAGAAACGCGUCAAGGUCUACGAACUGCGCAACAAUGACUGGUUCGACCGAGGCACCGGCUUCUGUACUGCUGCCUUCAUGCAGACGGAAGAAGGCCAACCUCGAGACCCGAGAGUCAUUGUCGAAUCCGAAGACCACCCUGACCGGCUUCUACUAGAGACCAAGAUCUGCAAGGAGGAUGGUUUUCAGAAGCAGCAAGAGACUCUGAUUGUCUGGACGGAACCUAGCAAUGGCAUUGAUAUGGCUCUUUCCUUCCAGGAGGCGGAUGGCUGUGCUUUGAUCUGGAAAUUCGUCAACAGUGUGCAACAGACUUUCCAGGGCGGAAUGGCUGGCGCUGACGUAGAUGACGGCCUCUCUGAUGAUCUUGCCAUGGAGAUGCCCAGCUCAAUCAGCCUUCCUCCUGCCGAGAUAGGGAAUCUUCCCGAGAUCGAAACCAGCAUGCGCAUCAUGAGUCAGACCGUCAACGGACGAGAAGCACUUUGCAAGUGCAUCACCCAAGAGGGUUACAUCCGCAAGCUGAUCCCUUUGGUCGAGAUGGCCGAAGAUCUCGAGAGCUUGCCCGACCUGCAUCGAUUAUGCAACAUCAUGAAGACAGUCAUCCUUCUCAACGACACCCAACUUAUCGAGCAUGUAGUUUCCGACGAAUGUGUCCUUGGCGUUGUCGGCGCUCUCGAAUACGAUCCAGACUUCCCAAGUCACAAAGCGAAUCACCGUCACUGGCUUGACAAUCAAGGCAGAUACAAGGAGGUUGUCCCGAUCGAGGACGACAACAUUCGGAGGAAGAUUCACCAGACCUACCGUCUCCAAUACUUGAAGGACGUUGUCCUCGCACGGAUAUUGGACGACCCUACCUUCUCCGUUCUCAACUCUCUGAUCUUUUUCAACCAAGUGGACAUCGUUCAGCACUUGCAAGGAAACGGAGGGUUCCUCAACGAGCUCUUCAGCAUUUUCAAGGUGACCCAAACGGAUCAGAUGCGGAAGAAGGAAGCCGUUCUUUUUAUCCAACAAUGCUGUGCCAUUGCAAAGAACCUCCAGCCUCAAGCUCGCCAAACGCUUUACAACAACUUCCUCAGCCACGGUCUGCUUCAAGUCAUCAACUUUGGUCUUCGUCAUCCCGACGUGAGUGUGCGAGUAGGCGCCACCGACGUACUGGUCUCUUUAAUCGACCAUGAUCCCCACAUGAUUCGCGGCACCAUUUACCGGCAGCUUCACGACGGUCAGCCGCCGUUGACGGAUUCGCUCAUCGACUUGCUCUUGGUAGAAGUCGAUCUCGGUGUAAAGUCUCAAAUCUCGGAUGCUCUGAAGGUCCUCCUCGACCAUGGACCCCCGAUGCAGUCGCAGGAAGCCUUUGCAAAGGCGAACGGGGAGUUCUCUGGCCGAAGGCCACAGGCAGCGGAAAAUCCUCAGCACGAGUUGUUCCUUUCCCAUUUCUACUCGACAUCAGCACAGCGGCUCUUCAGGCCACUGAUCGACCUUCAGGGGCGCACAGACAUGACUUUCCCAGUGCAGCAAGCGUCAAUGUUCACCUAUCUCAUUGAGAUUCUGUGCUUUUUCAUCCGGCAGCAUGUGCACCGCAGCAAGUUUUUCGUCCUUCAGCAGGAUCUCCUGCGACGAAUUGCUCAGCUCUUCGCUUGCCCGGAAAAGUACCUACGGCUCGCAUCACUAGUUGCCAUCCGCUUCUUCCGUAACUUGGCAGGCAUGCAGGACAACUUCUACGAUAAGCACAUCAUGGAACAUGGGAUUUUGGAGCCUCUGCUCGACAUGGUCUUCCAAUCCAUGCCCCGAGACAAUCUUCUGAGCUCGGCCUGCGUAGAGUUUUUUGGAUUCAUCACUCAACAGGAACACAGAAAGGAGAUGAACAAGUUCCUCGUUCAGAACUACCGGGAGCGGCUGGUUAAUCUGAGCUACAUGGAUACCUUCCGGAACAUCAUAGUGGUCUAUGAUCAAACGCAAGGGCACACCAUUGACUUUUACACGGAGUCAGAAGAGGACCAUGCAAGACGAACCGCCAAUCCCAACCAGAGGAUGAUGGAACACAUCGCCGUUGAUCAAGCCGAGGAGGACUACUUCAACACAUCAGACGAUGAAGAUGGCCCUGAAAGCAGAGCCUUUGACAAGGUGCAGCCGACAAAUGGCUCGGACGCGUCAACGCCAGCCUCUAAGCCACUGGUCGAUUAUCCUUCGGACGAAGAGGUAGACGAAAACGCGGACCCCGAGGUCUUGCCGACAUCCGGCGAGAAGCAGGAUGGAACGGAUGGUGCUUCCGACACAAGCAGUGAAUCAUCUUCAGUGGCACCCCCAGAACGACUCUCGGAGAAGAGGCGUCGCGAGGAAGAUGACGAUGAUGAGCUCGGCAAGUUGAUGCAGAACAAACGGAGGAACAGCAGUUCUGCAGGUUCGAACGCAUCAAUAACGUCGAGCAUGGUCAGGAGGAAAAAAACCUUUGCGGAUCGGUCAAAUACGGCGACGCCGAAGAAGAUUGCUAUCAGCAUAUCUCCAUCAGUGAAAACUGGCGGGGCGGCGAGGUCAGAUGAUGAAUCCUAG